UGACGCCAUCAGCCCGCGCGUUGUUUAGACUCUACUGAUGUCGUGGCGCUUAGGGAAAAGAAGUUGGUGUUUCGCCGGAUCCUGGUCCUGAAGACGCGGUCUCGGUUACCCCUGGCCCCUUUCUACCCACCCCUCCGCCCGCCUUUUCCCUCCCUUCUCUGGCAGGAUGAGGCGUGCAGGCUUGGGUGAAGGAGUACCUCCUGGCAACUACGGCAACUAUGGCUAUGCUAAUAGUGGGUAUAGUGCCUGCGAAGAAGAAAACGAGAGACUCACUGAAAGUCUGAGAAACAAAGUAACUGCUAUAAAAUCUCUUUCCAUUGAGAUAGGCCAUGAAGUUAAAAGUCAAAAUAAAUUAUUAGCUGAAAUGGAUUCACAGUUUGAUUCUACAACUGGGUUUCUAGGUAAAACUAUGGAAAAACUGAAGAUUUUAUCCAGAGGGAGCCAAACAAAGCUGUUGUGCUAUAUGAUACUGUUUUCAUUGUUUGUCUUUUUUGUCAUUUAUUGGAUUAUUAAACUGAGGUGAUACAAGUAAGUGUGAGUUUGGAAUUUGUUCCAACUUAAAUAUCUUGGAGUACCACUUCAGUAAAAAAUCGGUAUAAAAACAUUCCUAAUUUUCAAAUACUAUGGCUUUUUCCAUAGAAGAUUACUGAAUUUUACAUGUUUUAUAAAUCAUAUUGGAUAAUACAGUACUCUUUGAAUACUGUUUUUUAAUGAUUCAUUUUUGCCCCUAUUUUCAGGGGUAUUGAGUUUGGCCCUGACAAUUGUUUUUCUGUUGUUUGCUGUCAGAUUAAACAGUAGUAUAACAUUCUGUUGUUAGCAUAAAUGUUAGGUUUAUGUUCCAUGUAAAGAAACUUUGCAGCAGAAUUACAGAAUGCCUGGAGCUCCUGAGGCUGAGCUCCUGAGGCAGUGAACAAGUUUCUGAUGGAAUGGUACAUGUAUUUCCUGAACUGCCAUCUACCUUAAUGAUGUACUCCCUUUCCUCCUUUAUUUGGUUAAAAUUGUAGGUGGAUUUCUUUUUACCUAUAAUUUUCUAAUAAUUUUUGAUGAUAUGACUCCUCUUUCCCCUUUGCCCAAGGACCUCAUUCUUUAAUAAAGCUUUUUCUUUUGGCAUAUUUCUAGUAGGGUGCAAAACAAAUGUGUACUGGUAUAAUUGUUUUAUAUUAACUUUAUACAUACUAUUAACUUGGCUUAUAAUAGUUUUAUGAUUUUAGCUACUUUGGCCAUUUGGUUAUCAUUUGUGACAGAAUAACGUCAAGCUAAAGUAAUUGCUAAGCUCCGAAUGGAAAUAAAAUGUUCAAGAAAAUUAAUUGCCUCUGUUUUAUUAUGUGCUCAAAAUAGAUAAUUGAAAGUACUCAGCAUUGAACUUGGGGUUAAGAGUAUUGUUGUUUUAAUCCAGUAUAUUUGUUUAUAGAAAGGAAAAUAAAGACUGUUGAGUAGAAAGAAAUAUUAAAAUGUUCUUGAAUACUCUGUGUUGCCGCUGUUUUGGAAUUUACCCAUUUAUGGGCUCCAAAAAUAAAUUUUUAAUGAAUUAA